AUGGCUACUAAUAGUAUUAUAAUUCCCUCAUCCUCCAUGCCUCCACCUCCAUCUUCAUCCCAUAAAUAUCAUGUUUUUUUGAGUUUUAGAGGGGAAGACACACGUAAAACUUUUACGGACCACCUCUAUUCAAAUUUGGUGCAAGCUGGAGUUAAUACAUUUAGAGACGAUGAGGAGCUCAGAAAAGGCACAGAAAUCAGAUCUGAACUGAUUCAAGCUAUAGAAGAUUCCAUGAUCUCCAUUGUUAUUUUCUCAAAAAAUUAUGCAUCGUCUAGCUGGUGUCUCGAUGAGCUUUUGAAGAUACUCGAGUGCAGAGAGCAGCAUGGUCAGCUAGUUAUUCCUAUAUUCUACGACGUUAAUCCUUCUGAGGUACGUAGACAAGCCGGUACAUUUGAUAAAGCACUUUCUAAACACAAAAAACGUUUUGGGAAGGAGAAGGUAGCAAGGUGGAAAGCCGCUGUCAAAGAAGCUGCAAAUUUAUCGGGACGGGAUUUGCAGAACGUCGAGGACGGACAGCCGAUAGUAAGUAGAACCAGUCUCCGUCCCAUGGUACCUGUUGCUGGUGGAAGGUGGGAGGUAUCCCAUGGAAUUAGUCGAGGUGAACGAAAGAUAGCCUGGACACCACAGUCAUAA